CGAACAAACGCCGGCGCAACUUUCAGAGCAACAGAAUUGUUCCAAGCAUUGAACAUUUCAAUCUACAAUCACGACAUCCCUCUCUCACGCGCAAUAAACCAUUACAUCACUCCAUAAUGGCAGUCCCCAAAUUCGCACUCCCCGGCGACUCACUCGCACCCACAUCCAACCACACACCCAGCACAGGCUCCCACGUCUUCGCCUCUACAAUCCACGCCAGUCUCGCCGGCCCCGUCACCAGCGCCUCUGCCACCAAAAAGACACCCUCGCCCACAAUCAGUGUCGCCUCUUCUUCAGAAACCGCAUCCACCUACACAGCGGCCCUUCCCUCCGUAAACGACAUAAUCCUCGGCCGUAUCACACGCACAAACCCGCGCCAAGCGACCCUCGACAUCCUCGCCCUAGGACCUACAGGCACCCUCGUCCUGCGCGAGCCCUUUUCAGCAAUCAUUCGUCAACAAGACAUUCGCGCUACGGAGAUCGACAAAGUGAAGGUGAAUGAGAGUUUCAGGGUGGGCGAUAUUGUGAGGGGUGUUGUUAUUUCUUUGGGAGAUGAGAGGAGUUAUUUUGCUAGUACGGCAAAGAAUGAGUUUGGUGUUGUGUUGGCUGUUUCCGAGGGUGGAGAGCAGAUGGUGCCAGUCAGUUGGAGGGAGAUGCGGGAGGUUAAUGGUGGAAAGACGGAGUUGAGGAAGGUUGCUAAGCCCGUUUGAGAGGUUCACGAAAGAAAGAGCUGCAGACAACAAGAGUCGAGGAUUGAGAUGAGCUGAAGACUCAGAAGCUCUGCGAGGGAAAAUAGUGCAUGGCUCCCGACCACCCCGAUGUUAAGCUACCAAGAGCACUAGAAACACCUUUCGGCGAAAAGGUCUCUGCGAGGAGCAGCACACUCCCCAACCAUCAAAACAUCCAGCCAAGAUCUGGUUCAGCAUCAGAAGAUGGUAGUAGCAGACUACAUACAUUCGACCAGGCAGCAGCAGCAUGCGAUUCACAUGGGUCAUGCUGCGUCCACCAGAACUUGUACUUGCCCACAAGGACAAUUGCUGGUCGAGCUUCCGUAGGCAAGAGAGAAAGCAAUCUUUAAUUUACUUCCACACCAUUCAUCCUUCCCUAC